UUAUGCUAAUUCUACUGCUUUCUAUUUUUCAGUCAGGACUGUUUAGCAGUAAAUAGUGCAAGUGUUGCACAUCUAGAAUGAAGUAAAAAAAAACAUGAUAUAGAUAUUAUUAUACUAAAAAUGCACGUUUUAGGCAUUGUUUUCUUCUGAGUCUUCUUGACUAUCAAACUUCAAUAGUCAAGUUUUGUUUCACGGGUUUAAUGACUUCAAUCCAGUUUUUGCACUCUAAGAACACCAUGCCGUWUUACCAUUUUACCAAUAUUGAUGUUUUAAAAUGUCAAUCASRGACAUCUGUAACGCCGGACUACCGCCUGCUACCGACUGGAAACGAGUAAUAAAUCCUUAAACGCUGACCUCCCGUUUCUAAGAGCGACCCGAGAUUUACGAUUCAUAAGUUGCCUUUUUCUCGGUGAAUAGUAGUCUAAAUAACAGAUUCAAACUCCGCCGAGAGGAUUCAUUUGAUGUACAUAGAACGACUAAACGAGAAGUCKGUGCAGAACUGGAAUAAGCAUAAUAGACGAAUCUUUUCCUCAAAGAAUCCUUGGCGUCCAACAAACAAAGACAAGACCCGCGUGAAGUGAGGUGGCAGCUAAGCAGGCUAAGGCGCAGUUUGAAAUGUUUUGAGUACUGGGAUAAUAGAGCCAGUCAUGGACGAUCUUCACCGACUUCUUCUUCAACGCGUGAUUUUCCGAAAAGAUCUGGAACCGAAGAAAGUUAUACCAUAUUUGAGGGAACGUAGRGAACUUCAUUUUGAUGAGAAUGACGAACAACAAAUCAAAGUUCAACCAACCAGAACAGACCAGGUCGACAAGAUGCUUGAUAUUCUUCCUAGAAGAGGACCUCACGCGUUCCGAUGUUUGGUCGAUGCCUUAAAAAAAGUGCAGCCCCACUUGGCAGAUUUACUUCUCGAGGGUGAAGAAAUGGAGAAAAAGUUGUCAAUGGAACGCUGCAACAGUGCCAGGUUAGGGGACAGGCUUCGGGAGGCACGCGAUAAAUUGGAGCAACUGGAAUUGGAGAAAAAUAAGCUAGAAAACAUACGAAAAGAGCUUGAAGAAUGUUUGCAUCAGGUAGAAAACGAGAAAGAAAAAAUGAUUUCUAAUAUCAACGAGUUAAACAAGAUGAAAGAGAGAUUGACGAAAGACCUAGACGAAGAGAAAAAGGAAAAACUAUCCCUUCAAAGUAGAUAUGUUGACUUGAAGGAAGUGUUGCAGAGCCAAAGCAAGGUAAUUGAGAGACUUGAAGCCAGUUUUCAGAGAAAUGAUGCGAGCAGUUCAAGCAAAGUAAGCGCCGACGAGUUGGGAAGUCAGGAAAAACCUCACCUUAGUGGAAGACCCACCAGUGCAAGAAGCCAACACAACCCAAAAGAAAGAGUAAAUGUAGAAUAUGUUAGAUAUCUCAUGGCUUAUAGAGACUAUGCUAAAACGUGUGUCAAGCGAUAUGAAAAACAAUUAAAAAUUUUUGAAGAAAAGCAGAUGUCUAAAAUAGACAAAGCUACAACUAUGGAUGAUACAGGACUCAAUACUUGUAGCAAGUGCACUGUACACGAAUCCGAGUACAACGAACUUCAACAAGCGAAGGAGAAAAUAGAAUGUUCAUUGAAAGAAAUGACUGAUAAAUAUGAAAGAGAAAAUAAACAUCUGGAAUCAAGUUUGCAGUGCAACGAAAUGUUACGUAAUGAAAUGAGUGCUCUGACUGCCAAGCACAAAAGUGAUAUGGAAGAUAAAGAAAUCGCUCUGAAAUACAAACUUGUUGAGAAAAGCAAAGUAACAAUUAGACACUUAAGAAGGGUAUUGACCAGGGAACGGCAAAAAUACAAGAAAAUAAACAAACGAUUUAACAAAUAUAAAAAGAAAACGAAGUCAAAGAAUAAAAAGCUAGAAGACGAUAUCAAAUCAAAAGCUUUGAGAUUGGAAGUCUUGGAAGCUGAGCUCAAAGAGGCUAAAGAUCAUGAACAUAAUAAAGGUCUUGAGGACAUGCCAAUCAUGGACGAACGUCAUCGAUCGCUCCUCCGACGUCAUACUGUGAGUUUUCGAAGAGAUCUGGAACCAAGGAAAAUUAUGCCAUAUUUGGUAAAUGUCCUUGAUGCGGAUGACGAGCAGCAAAUCAAGAACCAACCAACCAGAGAAGACCAGGUGGAUAAGAUGCUUGAUAUUCUUCCUAGAAGAGGACCUCAAGCAUUCCGGUGUUUGGUCGAUGCCUUGGAAAAUGUGCAGCCUCACUUGGGUGAUUUGCUUCGCGAUGAUGAAGAAAUGGACAAAAAGUUUUCAGAGAUGAAAUCAGAGCUAGGGCGUGUACGUUCCUACAGUGCAAAGCUACGAGACGAACUUCGUGUGGCCUGCGUGUGUUUAGAAUCUGAGAAAAACAAGCAAGACAAUAUACGAAAAGAACUUGAAGAACUGAAAAGUCUUCACAAGGCACUUCUACAUCAAUCAAAACACGAAAAAGAGAAACUGAUUUUUAAUAUCAGCGAGCUCAACAACACAAAGGAAAGAUUAACAAAAGAUUUAGAAGCGGGAAAACAAGAGAAGUUAGYCCUUCAAAACAAAUGCUCUAAGCUGGAGAAGGAGUUGAACUGCAAAAGCAAGGAAAUUGAGGSUCUUAAAAUYGAUGUUCAAAGAAAUGUUACGCCUAAAGAUAUUCAUCACUUUAAUUCAAGGAAAGUCAGCGCCGACGARACGAAAAAUCGAGAGAAACUUGUUGAUCUACCRCGAAGAAGAACAAACAGCGAAAGGACUGAAAGGAGUUAUGAAGGUAUAGAUGUUACACAAACAAGCAACGUGAAUAACAACAUAGACGAUCUGUACGGUCAAUGYGARGAAAUGCUUGAAUGYAUACAMCAUAAUGCUGAAAUCAUAGAACUUGAAAGAAAACUAGAUCAUCUCAAGAYCGAGAGAGACUUGGCUUUGGAAUGUUGCAAGAAACUUGAAGAAGAAGUGAAAAUSUAUGAAGAAAAACGGAAGUCUCAAAUAGAUAAAGCAACGACGSCCUUGGAGGAUUCAGAUACAGGACUCAAUAUUUGYASCAARUGCAUCGAAUACGAAUCCGAGUAYAAKGAACUUCAACAAGMGAAGGAAGAAGAAAGCAACCAACUUAAGGAAAAGGCAAGAAAAACAGAAUGYAAAUUGAAAGAAUUGACUGAUAAAUAUGACMGAGAAAAGAAAAAUCUGGAAUCCAGCCUGCAAAAGCUUGAGGACCAGUAUACUACAGCUAAGGAAGACUUYGCCAACGAGAUCAAUAAAAUGACUAUCCUACACGACAGUGAAAUAAAAGACAUAAAAAUCGCUAAAGAAGAACUUGUAUCUCAAGUUGAGAAAGACAAAUUAACUAUAGCGCGCUUGAAAAGUGAAUUGGACAAGGAGCGUGAAACUAUGAAGACAGUAAACAAAGACUUUGAMAAAUAUAAAAAGAAAGCAAACUCCGAGAAGAAACARCUAAAGAAAAAGCUWGAAGAAGAUGUUAAGUCAAAGRGCUCKAGRCUGAAAGAYCURGAAGCUGAGCUCAAAGAGACUAAAGAUGAAAKRARUARAGGUCUUGAGGACAUKAGCAAAUUGAAGGCGACUUUAAGGGAACAACAAGACAUUCAAGAAGAGCUUAGAGAUGAGUUGACACGAUGGAAGACAUUGCCUGGAAGAGUUUUCAACUUCAAAAAAGAGUUUGACCGCAAUGGCAUYAUCUACACUUUAGGAACCAAUUUCAACACAACACCGUUCAUCAAUCCAGCCAGCAACGAUAACUGUAGAAUCAAAGUGAGUCGAUCGUCAUGUCAUCAAGGUCAUYCAUUGGAUAUUCUUGAUCCACGCAAAGGUACACAUAGCUGCACAGCCGAUAUUGAACAUUCCUGGUGGCAAGUUGACUUGGGCGAGACGYAUGCGCUGUUUGUUACWCAUUAUACAUUACGUCAUGGCCGUGACAAUGGACUGUCAAUUCUAAGGAACUGGAAUCUAGAGGGAUCACGUGAUGGAAGGAACUGGAUGGUUUUGCGAAGACAUGAGAAUGACCGAGGCCURAAGGGUGCUUAUCCCUUUUAYACAGGAACCUGGACCAUUGAAGGAAGGCUCGAGGCAAUGAGGUACUUYAGAAUCCACCAAACAGGAAAGAAUUCGUCAGGAAGACAUGCUUUGUACCUGUCUGGUUUUGAGAUUUAUGGCGUCCUACUAGAAUUAUGAAUGUACUGGGAAAAACAAGCCUCAAAACUUGCUUACUUUAUCACCAUCAAAUAUUAUGGUCGAAAUUCCUAGAACAACAGAGUCUAUCCAUAUUGGAACCAUCAAAGAUUAUGGUCGAAAUUCCUAGAACAACAGAGUCUAUCCAUAUUGGAACCAUCAAA